AUGGCCCCACCCGCAAAGCCGAAAGGGCCAAAGUGGACCCUCGACGUUGCCGUCAAGGUUGUCUGUCCCUACUGCCGCGAAGAUCCCCCGAAUCUCAUCGACGAGUACUCUUCCGGAGAUACAAUCUGCGGAUCGUGUGGCCUUGUCAUGGCCGAUCACAUGAUUGAUCAACGCGCUGAAUGGCGCAGUUUCACUACUGGAGACGACUCCAGUAAAGCAGAUCCAAACAGAGUUGGCGCAGCUCAAAGCGUCUUUGAAAGUGGGACUGGAUUCGAUACCACCAUUGCCGAUAAGCAGGGUGACAGACACGCUCAGCUAAUGAAAAGAACCCAUAAAAAGAUCAAUAGCUCCACUGAGAGUAGGUUUCUCACUAGGGCCUACGCUGAAAUCGAGAUCUACUGUGGGAAGAAUGGGAUUCAAGACGAUGUGAGGGAUGUGGCGAAGCAUAUCUACAAGAGUGUGGACGAGGGCAUGAAGUUGAACAACAGGUCCACUGUGCAUGAGGCAGUGGUGGCGAGUUGUAUUUUGAUUGCUUGUCGUCAGUGCAAGGUUGACAGAACCUUCCGUGAGAUAUUCCUCUUGACCAAUGUGCCCAAGAAGGACAUUGGCCGUACCUUCAAGCGCAUCGAACACUUUCUUCUUAAAUCCAGUGCACCCGCCACGUCAGACGAAGAUGGUAACAAAACCACGCGUGCCCCUGUGAAUCAGUACAUCUCCACAACACACACUGAGGCUGGGCAAAUCAUGACACGCUUCUGCAACAUACUAGGCUACGAUAUAAAGUUUACUGUUGCAGCGGAGGAGCUAGUCAAGAAAAUGUCUAAGGACAAUAUCUUCUGCGCGAGGAGUCCGCUCAGCAUUGCAGGGGGUGCGAUUUACACAAUGGCGAAGGUUCUGAGGAUUAAGGCCGAACAAGCAACGAUCGCGAGUUGCCUUGGUGUCUCUGUCCCAACCAUCACCUCCAUGUUUAAGCGUAUCAAUGCUCAUAAGCAUAAAUAUUUCGAUCCGGAGUAUCUCAAGAAGAUUGGAGGGAGCCUAGACUGUUUUCCUUACCUGGAUCCGGAGGCGGCUCCGCCAAAGAAACAAACUUCUGUAGUACCUCCAGCUAAGCCGUAUAUUCCUACACCCCACGCCAAUACUACAAAGGAUAUGAUACGCUUCUGCAAUCUGCUAGGUUACGACAUGAUGUUUAUAGGACUGGCGGAGGAGUUGGUCAAGAAAAUGAUCAUGGACAGCAACUUCAGCGCAAGAAACUCAAACACCAUUGCGGGGGUUGCGAUUUACGCCAUAGCAAAGGUUCUAGAUAUGAAUGUGGAGGUAGGCAUAAUUGCGCAUUGUGUUGCGGUCUCUAGCUCAACCAUCACUUCCGUCUUCAAGGGUAUCAAUGUCCAGAAGCAUAAAUACUUUGAUGCAGCAUAUCUGAAAAGGAUUGGAGGAAGCCUGGACGGCUUCCCUUACCUAGAGGGGGAGGCGUUUAGGUCUCCCAAGAGUUGA